AUGAACUAUCUGGCGGUCCCGGAAUCGCCGGGACCACGUCGGCGCGAUAUCGAUGUUGCUGGGAUGUGGAAUGAUUUACGAAAGAAAAGUAUCAGCGAGCUGAGUCUUGUUAUGGAUGUUCUUCGGGGAGGUGGAAGUCCUAAUGGUAGCCAAUACAUACAUCCAGAACGCGAACGCGUAAUUGCCAGUACAGGCAAUUUGGGAAAAUCCGGAAAACGUAGAAGAAACGUUCGACUUACGUGGAUGGCAAUGACGCCAGGCAAUUUCUCAAGACAAUUUACAAUUGUUCAAGAGGAAAAGGCUAUGCAGUCAGUUCCAUCAAUGCCGUUAGAUGCUAGCAAGUUCGUAGCUUAUGUUCAAGAAAGACGAAAGAAGCGAAUAUUAUUUAAAGGAGAAUACCUGAUGAUUAACCGAUCAAUUGACAUAAACAAGUGUCGAUGUGACGUAGGAAGCACGAUGGGUGACAGAAAUCCAUAUCCCGAUACGUUGCCAUAUGAUCAUAACAGAGUUAUCUUACCCACAUUACCUGGCGAUGAGAAUUCGCAUUAUGUCAAUGCCAGCUAUGUAAAUAGCUGGCUAAGGGAAAAAGCAUAUGUUGUAACUCAGGCUGUUCGUACGAAACCCAUGAACGUCGAAUUCUGGCGAAUGGUAUGGGAAUUAGGAAGUAACUGUAUCGUCAUGUUAACGAAAGUUUUUGAUUUCAUGAGAGUCAUGUGUCUUCAAUAUUGGCCACUCACUAGGUUUACAUUUGGAGAUAUCGAAGUAGAAACAAUUGAUGUUAAGACUUAUGCUCAUUAUGUGAUUCGAACAUUCCAAUUAACUCGUAAUGGAGAGAAACGUUUAGUAAAGCAUUUUCAUUUCACUGAAUGGGAGUUAGACUCUUUCCCUUACAUCUCUGCUUUCAUUGAAUUAAGAAGAAGAGUUCGACAAUAUGUUGAAAAGAAUAAUGUGGAUGCUCCCAUCAUUGUACAUUGCAGCAAUGGAGCUGGACGAAGUGGAGCAUUCCUUGCUUUAGAUGCGAAUUUGGAAUUAAUGAAGAAGACGGGACAGUUGGAUGUAUAUGAAUAUGCUAAAACACUUGUUAAUGCCCGUCCACAUCUAAUUGAUAGUGUAGAUCAAUACCAAUUCAUUUAUGAUGCUCUAGCUGAGGCUGUCAUGUGUAAUGUACAACCAAUCCAAAUGCAUCAAUUGAAAGAGAGAAGUAGCAUGUACAAAGCCAAGAAGAAUAGAGAAUUACUGGAAAAUCAAGAAAAUCAUGAAAAUAAGCUUUUACUUCAUUUGACUCCCUCUCUCCGUAUUGGAGAUUGUGCAGGAGGACAUCGUUUAGAAAAUAGAGGAAAGAAUCGAGAUGUAAUGGUCGUACCACCGGACCAUGCAAGACCAUAUUUGCAAACAUUACAUGGUGAUAGUAAAGACUAUACUUACAUUAAUGCAGUUGAAGUGGAUGGAUUCACGAGGAAAGCAGAGUUCAUCGUGACAGAAUGGCCAAAAUCUAGUACUAUUGACUCAUUUUGGACAUUAAUAUACGACCAUUCAUGUCAUACGGUCGUCAAUUUGAGUAAUCAAGGUUCUCCUAGGCAAUAUCCAACGUUCAUUCAUAAUAAAGGAAAAGCUCAAUAUGGUCCUUUCAUAGUCGAAGUUAUCAAUUAUCAUCAAUAUCCUGCCAUGACAUCACAUAUGGUUAAAGUAAUGAAAAGGAUGAAUUCACCUACUCGUGGAGCAAACCCAAAAGCCAAAGUACCAACUUUGGAAGGACACCCGAGUUAUCAAAAACCUGCUGCCAGUACACUACCACCUGGGCAAUCUUUUCGUUUUAAACCUCAGUAUCGGGGCAAAAUAAGACCAUCUGAUUCAUUGGAACAGGAUUUGGAUUCCACUGCUGUAGAUGAUCGUUGGCUCCGUUUACCAGUUCAGCCACGACGACGUCGAACGCGAUCCGCUGAGCCAAUGAUACAUCAGACGAAUGAGCCAUUUCAUGAGACAUUCAUGAUUUCUGAUAUUAUGGCGAGUGGAUCGAAUAAUCAGCAAAUUGAUGCAGAAGUUCGUAUUUGUUGUAUAAUCCAGGUGCGAAUGUGGCCAAUUGAAAACAAAGUUCCUCUCUCUACUACCGGCUUAAUCGACGUCAUUAAAAUGGCAAGAAGUUGGAGGAAGAGAGCCCCUGAUCGACCAGAAACGAAACCCACUAUAGUCAUGUCUCACAAUGGAGUAUCCAGAGUUGGUGUUUACAUUGGGGCCAAUAUGUGUAUAGAUCAGAUGGAUUCAGAUCAUGAAGUUGACAUUUUCCAUGCAGUCAAAAUGAUGAGAAUUAAUAGGCCUCAACUAAUUGACAUGAAGGACGAAUACAAAUACUUAUAUGAUGUGAUGUUACAUUGGUAUAUGACGAAUGCAGAUUAUCGGAUUCAUGAUAAGGAGGAACCAAAUGAAGACGAAGAAACGGAAAAUGAAAACGUUACGUCUAGACCUCCAUCAACACGCCAAUCAAUUCGAGAUAAAGAACAUCAUCGAAAGUCAAUUCGACGAGAAAAAUAA